CAGCUUCUCCUACAUCUUUGUCGCGAUUCUCCGGCGAAAACUCCAGUUGAAUCUUGGUCAUCCAAGCGGCCGCCGGCGAUCGGUAUCCUAAACUAUUCCGGAAGUUCAUCGGUGAUCGGAACUAUUAUGAACAGGACUAGAAGUUCUAGGGUUGAAAUUGAGGGUUAGCUAUAACUAAUCUAUCUGCCAAAGGUUAAGUCUUUUUUCAUUGGUUCACCAGGCCAUUCUGGUGUAUGAUUUGGGCAAGAUAAUGGCGGACAUGCCAGGUUAUUUCAGAACAUGCUUUCACACAGGGAGGCUUGCGUGUUUGGCAAUGUUAGUGUCUGGAGGGAUUGUAUUGCAAAUACUGGCAUGUGCUUUGUAUAAUAACUGGUGGCCAAUGUUGACAGUUAUAAUGUAUGUCACUCUGCCUAUGCCUUUGAUGUUCUUUGCCGGUUCAGAUACUUCCAGUCUCUACACCGAAUCUGGAAGCUGUUGGCUAAAUGCAACAAAGUUCUUGACUGGAGCAUCCACCGUUGGCAGCAUAGCAAUUCCGAUCAUCUUAAAACAUGCUGGUGUAAUUGGUUGGGGAGCCAUGGCAUUGGAGCUUUCAUCCUUUUUCGUUUUUGUACUGUCCCUCUUGUGUUAUCUUGGGAUGAGUGAAGACGAUGGCUACAGUAGGUUCUGAGAUAGACGUUCUGCUUCCUGCUUUGUUUGUGUUCAUCAGAAUAUCGAGCUUCAACUUUGCAGACUCGAUGACCAUGCCUCUUGUUGUUAUGUUUUGUAGAUAGAAACAUUGUUAUCUGUAAAUUCUUGGCUGUUAUAAGUCAAACGUAACCCAUGCGUGCUGCAUUUGAUGAUUUAUACUUCUUGCAGGAUGAAUCAUUUUUAUUGAUUGAAAUUUCAGUUGUGUAAUUGGAG